GAGACCGGAGCUGAAAUCGAGUCAGACGCUCAACCAACUGAGCCACCCAGGCACCCCUAAUUAUUUUUAAAAUACAGAGACAUCAGUUGGAUUUUUCAAAAGCCUGUGUUCGCUUUUGAGAGACACCCCACCAUACGGGUGCGGCUGUUCCUGGCGCUCUGGGUGGGGGCGUGUGGCCAGGACUCCCGGUGCCUCUGUGGUGGCCACGAGGUGCCCAGAUGAGACACUGUAAAAACUAAGCAAUCGAGGUUAUUUGUCUGGACUCUCAGUGAGUCUCCAGCUUCUCCCAUCUAGUACUUGGGGGGUUCCAGAGGGGCGAGAGUUUUGUGGGGGGCUCUGUGAGAUGGUCUGGGUCUGGUUCAUACCUCGUGAAAAACAUACACUUACUGAUGUUAGUGCUUUCUGUUAAGCAGUCAGAAUUCCAUCCCACCCUGACCCUUGUGCCUUGCACCUUGUGACGAGCUUCCCAGCCUCCCUGCAGUCCAGGCCUCUUGAGGAAACCCCAACGGGACCCCCUCCUUCAGGGCGAGCUGUGGGGAUCCCACAUUUUACACAGGGGUGAGGCCCGUGGGCCCAGGUGUGCUUCCACGACUGGCUGGUCUGGGGGUCUUUGCUGUCUGUGACACAGCCCCAGCAGUGGGGACCCCAGGUUUCAGGUCACAGCCCUUCUGAACUGGUUCCGGGCCGUCAGCACAGGGGACCAGGACGGCACCUAUACUGCCACCUCCAGGCUGCCCAAGGGAAUUGCUGUGCAAACCGGGACAUCUUGUGACCCAUGAAACCCAGUGAUGUGGCGGCCCUGCCUCUUACCGACUCUGGGGGCCAAGCCUGGGCACUGGAGUGAGGCCUCAGUGUCUCUGCUCCAUCCAGGUGCUGUCUGCAGCCGGGCUCAGGACGCAGACCUCUGCCCAUCUGCUGCGGCCCCUCUGGCACCCCGCAGCCCACUCCGUGCCGCAGCCCCGUGGGCAGUGGGCCCACCCAGGCGCCCCCCCCAAACCCAGAGCCCCAGCUGCCUGCUGCUGCCCCAGCCCCGCCUCUCCCAUUCCCCAGGCCUUCCUGUGUGCUCUGCCCAGCCUGGCCCCGCCUUGGCCUUUCACCAGCUGCCUGAGGGCCCCUCCCUGCACUUCCUGGUCUUGGAAGAACUGUUCUCUCUCCCUGUCACUCAGCUCGGCCUGAGUGCCACCACGAGCAGCCUCUCACUGUGUAGCCUUGAUUAGCUGUCAUUUACUCCAGCUGAGCCACAGUCCCCCCCCACAGAGGGAGGUGUGUGUGGGCCUUGUGGGCCUCAGGCAGGUCAGAUGGGUGGUUCAGUGGGGGACUCCAGGCAGAGGGGCAGAUACCCCAGAAGUGCCCCUGGGGCUGCAGGUUGGGUUUGAGGAGUGAGCAGCCUUCUCGGCCCUUUCUAGCCCGUGUGCUCAGCACAGUCUGGUGGGACGGCCUCUUCUGGGGGACAGGGCUCCUUUUCUCCACCUUGUACCUGCCCCUCUCUGGCGUGGAACCUGGCUGGGGCGGGUCUCCGCGUGUCCUAACCUAACAUCUUUCCUAAUGUGUGAAAACAAGAUAGCGCAGAGGGCUUGAUUACAAAGAAAUUUUACUUCCUGUUUUAUUGUCUAAAAUUUCACCGUGAACGUGCGUGCGUCUUCUCUUAUGUUGAAACGUGUGGAAUUGCCAACAACUGAUUGCCUUUGGCUUACUAGGCAGUGGCUCAGAUUGGUCAGGUGUCCUUGACUCCCAUCUGACACCCACGGCCUGUGUGCUGGGGAAGGGUCAGCAUCCCACCUUGCAGGUGACCCAGCAGGAAGCUGAGUCACGGUUGGCGCCCAGGACGCACUGUGGUGGCUUCGGCUGGGCACAGCCGAGUCUGAGGGCCAGAGGGGCCGUGGGCCGUGCCCACCUGAGUCAGCGGUGAGGGGGCUUUGACCUGGGCAGCGGUAUGCGAGCCGCCCUUGCUUCUCCUGAGGCCCGCAGCCAAACGGUGACCGUGUUGGGGGAGCGCACCCCCCUCCACCUGACCGAGGCCUGACAGCUCCUCCCACGGGGCUGAGCCGGUUCCACGGCCCAGCUCGGAUUCCUGUGUGGCUGGGACGUGCCACUGCACCCGGGGCGCUGGACAGAGCACGUCCCGACCUCUGAGGGCGGCCGAGCACUACCAGCCAGCUUAGUGGGGAGCAGGGCCCCUCAGGUCCAGCUUUGCCGUUGAAAGUGAUCCCAACGACUUUUUGUUUCAGAUACACGAUUGGCCAAGAGGAUUGUGUGAACGGUGAAGAGAUUAAAUAAGAUUUGUUUGAUUUUUAACUUGAGGGAGCUUUUUGGCCUUCGUUGUUUUAUACAGCCUCUCAGAAGUCACUCUCGGACCGUUGGGCUUUCAGGGCCGAGGUUGCAGAAAUUAAGUUGAUAGUGCAGAUGUGCAGUGGAGAGUUUUGGGGGCCGGUGUGACCGAAAUGCUAUGCACAAAGCAGUGGCGUCCUGCUCGUGAGCCAUGCGUGUGACCUGGGCGGGCGAUGAAGCUCAUAGAGGAUGUUAUGAGCGACCCCUCCCUUUGCAGAGACGCCUGGAAAGGGCACAUCCAGGACCCUGCCAGCCAGCGGUUGACGUGGAACAAGUCCCCAAAGAGUGUUCUUGUCAUCAAGAAGAUCCGGGACGCCAGCCUGCUGCAGCCCUUCAAGGAGCUCUGUGUGUACCUGAUGGAGGAGAACAACAUGAUUGUGUAUGUGGAGAAGAAAGUUCUAGAAGACCCUGCCAUAGUGAGCGAUGACAACUUUGGACCAGUGAAGAAGAAAUUCUGCACCUUCAGAGAAGAUUAUGAUGACAUUUCCAAUCAGAUCGAUUUCAUCAUAUGCCUGGGAGGGGAUGGGACCCUGCUUUAUGCCUCCUCCCUCUUCCAGGGCAGCGUGCCUCCGGUCAUGGCGUUCCACCUGGGUUCCCUGGGCUUCCUGACCCCCUUCAACUUUGAGAACUUUCAGUCCCAAGUUACUCAGGUGAUACAGGGCAACGCGGCUGUCAUUCUUCGGAGCCGGCUGAAGGUCAGGGUCGUGAAGGAACUCAGAGGGAAGAAGAUGGCCGUCCCCAACGGGGUCAGCGAGAACGGAGUGCUGGCCACGGACCUGGCCGCGGAGGCUGGGAAGCAGGCCAUGCAGUACCAGGUCCUGAACGAGGUGGUGAUCGACAGAGGCCCCUCCUCAUACCUGUCCAAUGUGGAUGUCUACCUGGACGGGCAUCUCAUCACCACGGUACAGGGUGACGGGGUGAUCGUCUCCACCCCGACGGGCAGCACGGCGUAUGCGGCCGCCGCCGGGGCCUCCAUGAUCCACCCCAACGUGCCGGCCAUCAUGAUCACGCCCAUCUGCCCCCACUCGCUGUCAUUCCGGCCCAUCGUGGUCCCCGCGGGGGUCGAGCUGAAGAUCAUGCUGUCACCGGAAGCCAGGAACACUGCGUGGGUGUCCUUCGAUGGACGGAAGAGACAGGAGAUCCGCCACGGAGACAGCAUCAGCAUCACUACCUCUUGCUACCCACUUCCCUCCAUCUGCGUCCGAGACCCCGUGAGCGACUGGUUUGAGAGCCUGGCGCAGUGUCUGCACUGGAACGUGCGGAAGAAGCAGGCGUACUUCGAGGAGGAGGAGGAGGAAGAACAGGAGGAGGAGGAGGAGGAGGAGAACGAGGGGGAGGAGGGGGAGGAGGGCUAGGCCUGAGCUCCUGCUGUCCACACCCGGGACCCCAGAGUCCCAAAGCUGUUCUGCUGCCUCCUUCCCCUCGCCCUCCGGGAGCGGGCUGGCCUGAGCACGUGUGCCGUGCGCCCCGCGCGCAGGCGUCACGGGUCACGGCGCUUUGGUCUGUAGCCAGAGGAAGAGCCGGGAUCUGCCUUUCGUCGACCAGAUCAGCUGUUUUUAACAUUUUAAAUCUGACUUCUUUUUUGCAUUUCUAAACAAGAAAAGUGAGUGACGGCGGGGGACUCUGAAGCAGACACCAUGCUUACCCGUGUUGUGGGUCAGAGCCUGGGUCCUGGGGCAGGGACACCCGGCUGGAUGUGCUUUUUGUAAUUUCUUGUCAGGAAACUUGUGCUUAAAUCAGUCUAUUGAAAUUCAGAGGGGAUCAGAAUGGAUUGAUCUGUCUUUCCAUGUCGAAAAUAAAUGUCUCGUAGCCAAAAAUCUCACUUUAAGCUACCACGAUUUCCCCCUUAAAUCUUGCACCUUUUUCGCCGAAAGGACUCGGAGGGGACGCUUCUGCAGAGAGCGGUUUGGUUUGAUCGGCUGACGAGCGGAGGGUCCCCUCUCCCUCCUGCGCCUCGUCUGGGCCUCCCCGCCGUGGCCCCCAGCCCUCCUCUCCUCCCUGCUGUGGGGUGACAGGUGCCAGCGCUGUGGCCCCACCGGCCCGGAGGACGCCUGGUAGGGGGUCAGGCCCACACACAUUCCUCACGAAGCCGGGACGGCGUCCUCUGCACCCUGGAAGAUAUUUUAAAUCCUGUGUCUACUUUGUAGAGAUGAUUUUAAACUUUCUGAACUGCUAUGUACAGAUUUUAUUGUACACUCUGAAGAUUUAAGAGGGAGGGGGAUUUGUACUGUUGGGAAAUGGAGCCUUGUUCCGAUGUUUGCACGCGUUCUGUGUGACGCCGUGUGCUGGGACCACUGUGUUCAGCAUCGUCGCCGUAGAGGUGACGGUCCAGGAGCGAAGGGUGCUUCUCCCUCGGGAAGCCACCGGUCAGCGAGGAAGGCGGUGCUGGGACGUUUUGUGUCCUUUCUGCUCUCGCUUCUCCCUGGGCGUCUUGGGCUUGCGAGGAAACUGCCAGCAUUCCAGUGGCCCCUCAGGCCGCGCGGGGCGUGUGCGCGUGGCUCCGGCCCCUGCUGGUUGUUGCCUGACAGAUGUCCUCCAGUCGGGCCUCUGUUUCGGAGUGACUGAUGUCUCUUUGAGCUACAUCGUUAACCUGUUAAGGUGGCAAGAACGGAAGGGACGGGGCUGGGCCUUGCUCUCCUGGAGGGUCACAGGCCUCGUUCUGGAGCUGCUAGAAAGGCUCCGGGGCCCUGGGUGCCACCACCUUCGGCCGGGGGUCUCCGCGCGGUGGGCUGUGCAGCCUGGGUGCCUGCGUCUGCCGCGUCCGUGGUUCAGCGUCUGUGGAGCUCGGCAGUCGGCGUGGGGCUCGAAAGGGAGGUGGGCCCUCACCGCCACCUGCCCACGGGCACGGGGCACCGCCAGAGGCCCGCCACCCGGCCUCCCUGGGGCAGAGAGGGGGCCGAACCAAAACUUGGCUUUAGGUCCAAAAGAGAGUGGCGUUCGGAAUUCAGGUCGUUCAUUUAGACCAAAAAAAAAAAAAAAAAAAAAAAAGCAAGUCUGAAAGGAGCAUGAUUUGGAGUGAUUUAGAAAACUUGGGAUUUUUUGAAGUAAUUCUUAAUGUUUCAUAUUGUUAAUAUCUUGAAAAUUUGUUAAAUGUUGUCGAAAGCCUUAUUACUAUUUUCAGAUUCUUUCAAUAAACAGACUUGUUUAAAAAGUUGGAUUGAGUUACA